GCUGGAGCGUGCGUGCGACCUCGGGUCAGGAGAGGGCCAUGGAGGAGCCUCGGAAGGCGCCUCCGAGCUGCCUCCGCAGGGCAUUGGGUCCUUUCCCCCGAGUCUUUGCUGCUGAAGCUGUGGCCGCCGAGUCCCAGACUCCUGCUGAGCGACCGAAGCCGCCUCCCUACGUCCCAGAAUCCCAUUACCCGGAAUCCGGAUGGGAUCGCCUCCGAGAGCUGUUUAUUAAAGAUGACCAGCAGAGAAGAUCUGAAGAACUUCAGAAUAUUUGUAAGGCAGCAGUUUCAGCAGGCAUCAUUGGCUUUGUCUAUGGAGGAGUACCUGCCUUUGUUCAUGCCAAACAACGCUAUGUUGAGCAGAGCCAAGCAGAAAUUUAUCAUAACCGAUUUGAUGCUGUGCAAGCUGCCCACCGUGCUGCCACUCGGGGCUUCAUUCGGUAUGGCUGGCGCUGGAGCUGGAGAACGGCGGUGUUUGUGACCACAUUCAACUCAGUGACCACUGGUCUGAAUGUGUACCGAAAUAAAAAUGCCCUCAGUCAUUUUGUCAUUGCUGGAGCUGUCACAGGAAGUCUUUUCAGAAUAAACUUAGGCCUGCGUGGUCUGGUGGCUGGUGGUGUAAUUGGAGCCCUGCUGGGUACCCCUAUUGGAAGCCUGUUGGUGCUGCUGCAGAGGUACUGUGGCGAGACUGUUCAAGAGAGGAAAGAGAGGGAUCGCAAGUCACUCCAUGAGCGGCAACUGGAAGAAUGGCUACACAAGGUCCUGAGAGGAUCGAUGAUGAGGAAACACAGUCAACCACAGCUUCAGGACCUUACUGUGGAAGAACUCGUGAAAAUGCAAAUUGGAAAGAAAAAGUUUGAAUAUGUUUAUUAUAAAUAUAUCUAA